UCUUAUUGCUCAACACCAACAUUCAACAUAUUCAGGUAAACCCAAGCUAAUAUUAGUAUGGUAGUAUGUAUGGUUUAAACUGUUGAUAUAUUGUUAUGUAUUUGUCUGUUAUAGCUAACUAGCAUGGAUCUGAAGGAACUUGUGUACGGUAACCGGGACCCAUUGCUGGAGUUUUCAGACACCAUGGCUCAGUGGUACAGCUGCCUCCAGACACAAAGAAAAGAGCAGAGAAAUGUGAUGAAAAUUCCCCGUCGUAAUUACCCUCCAGACAUCUCUCCAUACUGGCUUGUUCAUGUAAUGGACUGCUCUGACACUGUGCCACUGCCAGCAGCCGCAGCAGGAAGGCUUAAGAAGGCAGGGAUACGCCUAACUGAAAUGAGGAAAUAUGAUGGGAAAAGUAUCCUGAUGGUUAUGGAUGCAUCAGGGCUCCCCCUUGGUUUUGAUCUACUGGACCGAGAGUCGUUCUCCGGCCUGUGUAGUUCAGACCUUGCUUCAGGGGACAGCGUAGAAGCCACAACAACUUUCUACACGAUAGUUACACUCCUGCAGAGAUGCAUGGACUUCCCAAUGGGCGGUGGGAUGCCACGCCGACCCCGAAGACUGAGGAUCAAUGACGAGAUCCUGUACAGGCUGCUGCACUUUCACACGCUCAAAGAGGGAAACAUGAUCCUGAACGUGGAGCUGUGUCCCCGGGCCCUCAGAAGCUGUGAGCCUCCAGAAGGGCCUCCAGCCUUCAGCCUGCGCUGGCCUCCAAUACACUACUGUAAUAUCUGUAAGAGACGCUCCUUCCCCAGUCGACUUCAGGAAUGCCCCCAGUGUAAGGCAGUCUUUUACUGUGAAGAGUGCUUCCUGGCAGAUGCCAAGCAAGAACACUGGUGUGCCAAACUGGCCAGUUACAUGGAGCACAAGGCCCAGCUGGCAGACCUCCCGUUCAGCUAUGCAGCAGAAGUCACAUCAGAGGACUUUAGUUUGGAAGACUUCCUGUUAAAAAACAAACUGGUUAGCAGCUACUGGUUGCACUGGAGCCAACUGGUGCACGUCAUCACCGCAGACACCUACUGCAAAUGGCUUGAAGGUCACAGAAAUGCCUAUGAGCCUCUGAAAGAGGAAGCGGACAUGUUGAAGUUUGGGCCAGACCCCCACAACCUUCUCAGCCUCAAGAAACCACUCGUGUCAUGGCUUCAGUACUUUAAAUGGAGAGGCCUCAGUCUAUCCUCUGUAGUAGCUCCUCUGCUCAGCUCUACUCUCUCCAUCUACUACAUCAUCACUUCCCUGGUCCCAAAGCAUUUUCCAGAGGUGAACAUCCUGAAAAAACAGUCACUGAGGAUCCACAUCAUUGAGUCCUACAGGGAGUUGCAAACUCUGUUGACCUUCUGGGAACUAUCAGUGCUUAUGCCUCAUGUGACCUUUGAACUGGUGUUUAUCCGUGAGCGUCUUCCCUCUUGGUGUGACAAAGUGCAGCUUGUGAUACAGAAAAUGAAUGGCGGUGUGAUCGUCACUGACUGCCACUUGAUGCCACGUCAGAGAGCUGACACGAGGAGCAUCAGAGUUAAACUUUACCGCAGCACGUACAACAUGCUGCAAGAGCCUGAGCCUCAGCCUGACCUGGUCAUCGGUUUCAAGCCAGCUUUCCAGCAAAAUGACUCUUGGUUCACCACUCUUCUCAAACUCCAGUCGCUUAGGGUUCCAUCCUUCUUCUGUGAGAUAAGUGAGCUGAGAUGUGAAAGCAGUCAGCAGAUAAUGAACAAGGCCACCGGGGGCACUGUCUCCCCACCAACCAUCAACCCUUUCCACUGCCCUUUGCGCAACAACGGAGGAGACAACAGGCUGCCACGGUAUUCCAAUGGCUUUAUCUUCCACCUCAUGUACAAGCCUUUAGCAAACGUGCAGCACCCUGCAGCGGUCAAUAACUCCAGCAUCCAGCCUGAUCAGCGCUCAUCUUCCCUGGAGUCACCACAACUUACCUUCAGGGAGAGGAAGGCUGCACAGCACGCGGGCAUUGCAACGGACUGUUCCGUGCUGAAUGAAUUGAAUGUCGGACGUGGAUACACGCUGAUGGACCAGGAACAACAGGAGGAAUAG